UGCUGAGGUGUCACUCACAGAUAUGACCACUUCCUGUGGAAUAAUGAAAGAACACGCCCAGCUCUCGUUUCAUCCUAGCCACGGAGCAAAGAGGAUUUCUCUGCGGCUCUGAUGUUUUUUUUACAUUUGAAAGAGCUGCUUCCUGUGUGUUGCCAACCACUGCCAUCAGCUGUAGCCAACCACCAAUUGGAAUCCACCUCACCUGACAGGUGCUGGCAUGACAUCACAGGUCUGCUGAGCAGGACAGGAAUUGCCAGCUUUAAAGAGGGAGACUAACUGAAUUGUGGGCCUGCAGCGAUUCCAGCACUGUGAAUUUUUCAGUUUUGAAAGGUGCAUUAUGGGAUAUAAUUUGCAUUCUGGGGUGAUCUGAAGCAUUUUGGAACUUUUUUGUUUGAACCCUCACUCUCUGGAAAGGAUUAUUAAUACCUGCUGUUUUAAGGCUCGCUUAACAAAGUCUUAGGGAACAAAGUGGUGGAAGCCAUGUUCACCAAGCUGAAGAAAAAAAUUGCAGAGGAGGCAGCCGUAUCUCCACGGCCUGGUGGGGCUGCUCGAAUCCCCCGUACUAUCAGCAAGGAGUCCAUCACAUCAGUGGGUGCUGAUUCAGGAGAUGACUUUGCCUCAGAUGGUAGCAGCUCCAGGGAAGACCUCUGCUCGCAGAUCUCCAGGAAGAACGAGCAGAUCCGCCGCCUCGAAGCCAAGCUAAUGGAAUACGCAGAACAAGUCCGAAAUCUACAGAAGAUGAAAGACAAGCUUGAGGUUGCAUUAGAAAAACACCAGGAUUCCUCCAUGCGUAAAUUCCAAGAGCAGAAUGAGGAGUACCAAUCCAACCGUGCGAAGAUGGCUGAAGGAUUUGCUCUGGCCCUUGAAAAAAAAGAUCAGGAAUGGAAGGAGAAGCUUGCUGAUCUUGAAGAGGAAAAGAAGAAACUGUCAGAUCAAUUGAUCUCCACGACAAAGCAGAAUAUGUCCUUCUUCCAAAAGCAAGAAGAUCUUGAUGAGCUUGAAGGGUAUCAGCAGCAGGAGCUGGCAAAAAUAAAGCACAUGCUUUUGCAAAAAGAAGUAAUGCUGCUGAAAAUGGAGGAAGACCUGAAACUACAAAGGGAAGAAGCAGAAGCUACUCUGGUUGAACUGAGGGACUCCAGUCACCUGUCUGCCAAGCUCAGCACAGAUAUACAGAGGUUGCAGGAGGAAAAUACUGCGCUAACGCAACAGAGGUCUGAUCUUGUUGCAGCACAAGAAGGAGCAGAGAUAAAGAUAACGGAACUUGAGAACAGGCAAACAGAACUGCAGGACUUUAUCCAGAGGCUUUCUUUGGAUUUACAAAAGGCUCAGUCUGCUACUUCUAGUUGUGAAAAGAGACUAAACUCUGUUCAAGCUGAUUACGAUGUUCUCUCACUGCAGCACAGUCAACUCAAAGAUAAGAUGACGACAGAGGCUGAAGAAAAAGGGGUCUUGAUUAUGCACUUGCAGGAAAAAGUCCGCUCUUUGGAGAAGACACUGGAUGGAACCUACUCUGGAGAGGAAGGGAUCCAAUCACUAAUUAAGGAGAAGAAUGACCUGGAGGUACGGUUAAAUGAAACCAGGCAAGAGUUGCUGGAGGGCAAGGCUUUGCAUAAAGAUAACAUCUUCCAGUUGGAAAACCGGGCAGAAAAUCUUAACAGUAGAAUAGAAGAAAUGGAAAAUGUAUUGCAUCAGAAAAAUGAAGAGUUAACUCUUUUCAAACAGAAAAGUGCAUCUGAGCUGAAAGAAAUAGAGCAAAUGCUAGAAACAACACGUGAGAGGCUGCAAAAACGAGAGGAAGAGUUGAUUAAGAGAGAAGAGCAAAUAAAAUCACUGCAAUCUGAUCUGGAGUCAGACUGUAACAGGCUGACACAGCAGCUGAACAAUGUGAAACAGCAGUAUGCUGAAAAGGUGGAACGACUGGACGCCCAGGUGUCUGCUCUUGAAGGGGCACGGGAGUUUGAUAAGUCAGCAACUCAGCACCAGAUAAGACAAUUGGAGCAAGAUAACGUGUUGCUAAAAGAGAGGAAUGAAGAGAUGGAAAGGGCUCUAAGGCAUCAAGAAGCUGAGCAAGAGAAAAUGAAGGAGGAACUGAGCAGCAGAGAAACUGUAAGUGUGGAGAUUGCCAAAGCCCUGGAGGAAACUCGAAAGCAAAAGGAAGAACUUCAACAGCAGGUGGCUAAUCUCUCGACUUUAAUCACUGAGAAUGAGAAAGAGCUGGCACAGAGAACAGAGGCACUAGAGCGAAAGGAAGAGGAAUCUGCUUCUCUAAAGAAAGAUUAUGAAGCCAUCUUGUUGCAAGCAGAGCAACAUCAAUCUCAGCUAGACAUGUACAAGACACAAGUUGAACUGAAUGAAGAGUCUGCAGAGAAGCAAGUCAAAACCAUGAAGAUGCAACUGCAAGAGCACAAACAGGCUCUCGUGACAAGUGAAUUACAGGUCUCCUCAUUACAAGAUGAAGUCUCAGCUUUGCAUCAGCGCCUUCAUGGGUCACCUGCACAAGAGCCCAACGGAGAUGUAACCGCAGCGGACAUCGCACAGCUUCAGAAGGAGAACCGUGAAAUGGAGCAGCAUAUAGCAGAGAAAAAUAAGACUAUAAAGCAACUCCAGCAGAGGAUGGCAGAACUGAAGAAAACGUUACUAAAGGAACUGAAAAUCAAACCAGAACACGAGGUGAAUGAGGUCCCAGAGAAGAAAAACCCAGAGCCAGCACCCACUUCACUUACUGUAACCAACAAUGCCGAUUUGAACGACUCCCGAGAGAUCAACUUUGAGUACUUAAAACAUGUUGUGCUGAAGUUCAUGUCAGCCACAGAAGCAGAGGCUUUUCAUCUGAUCAAAGCUGUAUCCGUGCUACUCAACUUCUCUGUGGAGGAAGAAAAUCUGCUCAAAGAGACUCUGGAAUACAAGAUGUCCUGGUUUGGAUCAAAGCCCGCUCCGAAAGGUGCCAUUCGCCCAUCUAUAUCCAAACCAAGAACCCCCUGGUCCUGAGCAGAAGGAAAUCUAACCCUUGUGCAGCUGCACUUUCUAUGAGACACUAACCACUGGCAGUUCCUGGUGCACUCGAUUCACUGUCCUUGCAGUGUUUUCUUAUGGGAAUUUACAGCCUCCGAGUAUCUCGGGAGUAACUUUGUAUUAAAUAGUAUGCAUAGCACA